CCUUUCCAUAAUUCUUAUUGACAUUGACAAUGACAACUGUAUGUCAAUUAUUUCCAUGCAUGUUUCAAAUUUCCUUGUUUACAAUUAAAACUCUCCACUAUCAGUUCCACUAUUUCACUGUUCCACUAUUUGCGACUCUUACCUAUUUAUUGAAAUAACUAUAUUGUAUGCCUCGAUGCAAUCGGUACUUAGAAACGCGUUUUGCCGGACUGCAAGGCGUUCUUUAACAUGCUCACUAAGUUCUAAAACUAGAAAUGUAAAUGAAUCUGAAACCCCCUUACGCCGGCUUUUACAAGAUGCUAGUUCGUUCGCUGAAGUUGGUGCUGCUGUUCCCGCUGAAGGGGAGUUGCAGUGGGCCACUCAGCCGUAUACGACAAGUUCCAGUGAAGAAAACUCGUCAUACAUUGACCCUAAGGAAACCACUGUGCUGCUCUUUCCAGGACAAGGAUCACAGCGAGUAGGGAUGGGUCGAAGCUUAAUGGAAAUUCCAGCUGCUAAGGAGCUGUAUGAACUAGCUUCUAGCAUUGUCGGGUGGGACGUGGCGCGCGUGUGCCUCGAGGGCCCCGAGGAGCGGCUGGCGCGGCACUGCCAGACCGCCGUGCUGGUGACGUCGCUGGGCGCGCUGGAGCUGGCGCGCGACACGCGGCCGGCCGCCGUGGAGCGCGUGCGCGCGUGCGCCGGCUUCUCGCUCGGGGAGAUCGCGGCGCUGGUGUUCGCGGGCGCGCUGCGCUUCGAGCAGGCGCUGCGGCUGGUGGAGGUGCGCGCGGCGGCCAUGGAGGCGGCGGCGCGCGAGCGCGCGGGCGGCAUGCUCACCGUGUGGCUGGCGCCCGACGCGCGCCUGCCGCGCCUGCUGGCGGCCGCGCGCGACCACGCCGCGCCCGCGCUGCCCAACCCCGUCUGCCAGGUCGCCAACUACCUGUUCCCGGGGUGCAAGGUCCUCGCCGGCGAUGAGGAGGCGCUGCGGUUCGUGGAGCGCGAGGGGCGCGCGUACGGCGUGCGGCGCAGCGCGCGCGUGCGCGUGGCGGGCGCCUUCCACACGGCGCUGAUGGCGCGCGCCGAGGCGGCGGUGCGCGAGGCGCUGCGGCUGUGCGACGUGGGCGCGCCGCGCGUGCGCGUGGUGUCGUGCGUGGACGCGCGCGCCGUGGCGGGCGCGGCGGGCGCGCGGCGGCGCCUGGCGCGGCUCACGGCGGCGCCCGUGCGCUGGGAGCAGGCGCUGCACGCGCUGUACGCGCGCCCGCGCGCCGCCGCGCAGCCGCUCACGCUGGCGCUGGGCCCGGGCGCCGCGCUGCGCUCCACGCUCAAGCUCGUCAACGCGCGCGCCUGGGACUGCUCGCUGCAGAUCGACGUCUGACGCCCGCGCCGUCUCGCCUGCGAUACGUUCUCGUGUAAAUAUUGCUUAGUUUAGGUAUACAAUAAAGUGGCCUUUUCGAAA